UUCCUGUAAAAGGGUAGAGAAAGCUGCUUUUGAUUUUUUUUUUCUUUUUCUGGCUGGAUCUUUUCAACCCUUUUGCCAGUUUUGUUUGGAAAAAGCAAAGAAGAAGCACAGCGAGCAGAUUACUCCUCAUCUAAAAUAAGAUGAGGACUUGUCUCCUCUUCUGCCUUCUCUGCCUGAUGGUUCCUGUUAGUUUUGGUCAGAUUCCAGGUCCUCCUGGUCCUAAAGGUGACAAAGGGGAUCCUGGAUUUCCUGGGAUUCCUGCACGUCCUGGGAGUUAUGGUUUACCUGGUCUUCCUGGUCCAAAAGGAGACCCAGGACCAAGUGGACCACCUGGUUUCCCUGGACCUUGGGGACCUAAAGGACCGCCUGGAUAUCCUGGACCUAUUGUAAUGUGUGGACGAGAUCCCCAUGGUUCUGUUAGCCGUGAAUUUGAGGAUCUAAAGAAAAUCUUGGAGAACUUACAGCGACUUAUAAAGUAUGAGUUCAUCAGGAGAGCUGGUCAGAAAUACUUCGUGUCCUUCAAGGAGAGAGGCUCUUUCUCCAAAGCUGUUGACUUCUGCUCCCAGCAAGGAUUACAGCUGGCUUUGCCCCAAAAUGAGGAGGAGAAUAACGCACUGACUCAGGUGUUUGGUGAAGGUGACAAAACGGCCUGGAUCAGCAUCAACAACAGAAAAGCACAAGGGAAUUUUGCAGUCGAUCUGAAAAACCAACCUUUGGUUUUUACCAAAUGGGCAGAAGGGCAGCCGGACAGAUCAGUCCAGGAUACAGGCUGCACCAUGCUGACAGAAAACGGCUUCUGGACAGUCACACAAGAAUGCUCCCUGCAGGCUUACAUCAUUUGUCAGUUAUAAAUAGAACUCACUUUUGUUUCCCAAUCUCUGUGUUUUAACUUGUUACUAAACUAGAAAAUCUCACCUCCUCUCGAAAGCUGAGUACUGAAAAUCAUCAAAACAAUAACUAUGAAAAACCACAGAAAACAGUUCUACAGUUGUUCAUCCUUGUUCAUUUUAUAUCACUCAUAAAAUACUUAAAAUAUAAAAUCAUAUUUCAAAAGAGAAAUUAUAUCUUCAGCAGUAGAGAACAAAGAAAGAUCUUCAUUAUUAUCUUCAACUAUUGAAAUUGAAAAUACUGAAACAAAUGAAUUAUAAUCUUAGUAUAGAUAUUACAAAAACAGGUUUAGGCACCAAGGCUCGCUUCCUGUUUUGUUUUUUUUUUUUCUAAAACUAUAACAAGUACUAUAACAUUAAUUGUAGCUUUUGCAAAGACAUAAAAGCAUAUUAUGUCAAACUACAGUAAUAAAAUGUAUUUUGUGUCAUUAUUUUGAAGUGUUAUUUUUUUGGCUGAAUUAAAACCAUAUUUCAUUCACUUUUACUACAUUAUAGUCAUGGUUUUUCCAACUGUUACUCACAUGAGCCAGUACUGAAGCAAAAAUCAAAAUAGACAGAGAUAAAACAAACCAAAUGAUUAAAAGCUAUUUUUAAGUGGGAAAAAAUAUAGCACAAGUCUUAUAGGGGCGUGUAGAAGCCAAUAAUGUAAUAGCGACCCAUAACAUAAUAAAUUUGCUAUUUUUAAAUGUAAUAGGCCAAUAAUGUAAUAACUGGCCAAUAACGUAA